GCAAGACAGCGUCUUAGGAGCUAUUCGUAGGCAUUGCUGCCGAACCCGGCUCACGAGCUCACUGCAGUCAAUGCAAUUAACAAAUGCAACCCUUGUGAAACAGCAGCAGUAUGUGGUAAGUCACUUAAUCAUUCAUACUGUUUUAUUGACGCGCUGGGAUUUUUUUCUCUCACAGCUUUCUUCACAUGACAGGUCUCUGUUGCUGGCACAAUUGCGCAAAAAAGCAACAGAAACAUUGUAAACGGUGUAAAGAUAAAGAGUAGGCUGGUUUACCCUGUAGCCUCCCUGAAAACACCAUGACAUGAUGAAGCAACUGAGAUACUUGUCGCACAGAGAUUUCUGCAGCUUUUUUUGUGUGUGAUUCUUUGCUUAUCUCAAAGACAACAUGCCCCACGCUCGAAAUAGGAACCCCAGCCCCAUCCCAGAGGUAACAUGGGACACGGGAUUGAAGGAGAUGAACGAGACCUGGAAAGGAGCUAUAGCCUGUCUCGGGGUGGCCGUCUUUUUUGUCAUGACUAUCGGGAUAAUUUAUUGGCAAGUGGUGGACCAGCCUAACAAGAACUGGAUCCUCAGGGGGACUUUAAGCGGACUGAUCUGGGAGAGAAGAACCCACUCGCUUGUCAUACAGACCCUGGCGGAGGAUAAGACCUAUGUGGAGAUAGACGUUGGCAACGUGGGGAACCCCGACAUCGAGGUUCCCUUUGUGAGGAACCUGUGCUGGCUGAAUAAAACAGAAUUCUGCUAUACGUGGGACUCGGUGGCCGAGGUGAAGAUUUCGCUUGAGGUGAAUGAGGAGACGGAGACGGAGUGCUACAGUAUGACUUGGGUGCCGGUGCACUGUCAUGUGGAGCUGAAGGACUGCUUCUCCAUGACCAACGUGUCCUGGUACGGUGGUGCUAGUGUCCGUGGUCAGACUUGGCCCAUCAACGAUCAGAAUGCCACCAUGCAGCCUUUUGUUGUGAGUGAUCUUAAGAACAAUCCAUUUGGCUUCGGCUCUGCUUUGGAGCGCUACUUCCUGGGAUCAUCAGGUGUGGCAGUGCUUGUUUCUCCUGAUAUUCCACUGCAGCUGGGGGUGGACAGCAGACAGCAAUUCUGCCUGCAGUCGCUGCCCAGUAUGGAACGAGCGCCUCUGCAGUACACUGUUUGUGUGGCCAACAAUGUGAAAGCUGCUCACCAGGAAGCAGUGCAGCAAAUGUACCAGCACAGCAGGGAGCUGCCCAACAUGAACGCACUGUGGCUGCCGUUCUGGAAGCUGCUCACUAACAUGGAUUCGGGGCCGAAGGUGGAGAGGGAGCUGAGGACUUUCUCUAAUCGUCUGAGGAGACACCAGCUUGGGGAGGGAGUUAUCAGCAUCAAUGAACAUUCCACCACCCUCCUCUCCGACAUGGACCAUGACUACCUCAACAGCAGGAAAAGGGGGAUGUCCAAGAGACUGACCAGGGACCUCCCACUUGUCAAGCUUCUUAACAUUUCCAUCACCCUGUCCCCUUUCCUGGGCGUGGACACCACGCAGUUCCACACCUCCCUCAUGGACGGCACCGAGGCCUUCUGGCUCAGUCUCCCCUCAGCCCCUCAGGGACAGCUGAUCCCUGUGAUGAGUCAGUGGCGAGGAAAGUUCUGUGUAAAGCUAAACAUCACCAACCCUGGAGCGGUGAGCUGGUUUCUUGACAGGGUGGGAUCCCUGCAGGCACACCUAGGAAUGGAAUAUGUCGUGCUGGAGGGGGCCGAGGGAAAUCUGUUUGAGGAGCAAGCUCUGCGGCCUCCGCAGGCUCUCGGAGGAGACAAGUACAUCAGCCUGCUGGCCGACAUGGCCACACGGAUAGGAGACUCCACCAUAGUGACUGCGGGCACACGGUCAAGCCACAGGCCUCUGUUUGUGAGGAUGACCCCCUUGCAGUCCGACUGGAGCCCAAUGGGCCUGAAGGGCAUCAUUCCCUCCCUGCUGCACCACACUCUGCUGGGAUACAACUUCCUCAUUCCUGAUGCAGUAGGUGGUUCUCUGUCUGGGGACUUGGUUACAGAUGAAGAGUUGUUCAUCCGUUGGCUGGAGAUCACAGCUUUCCUUCCUGUUAUCAGCUUCCACACGCCACCCUGGGUCUGCGGAGAGGACCGGGUGUUAAACCUCACACGGGCCUACAUAGCGAAACACCAGAGGGAUGUGGUCCCACUGAUAGAAAAGUAUGCAGAUGAGUGGCAGAUGACGGGAAACCCCAUCUACCGGCCGAUGUGGUGGCUCAGUCCAAGUGACCCUAUGACUUUCACCAUCGAUGACCAGUUCCUCAUCGGAGACGAGGUUCUAGUGGCACCAGUGCUGGAGAAGGGGGCAGUGCAGAGGGAUAUUUAUUUACCUGAUGGGGGCUUCCAGUGGACGGACAUCCGCGAUGCGCAGGUGUUCGACGGGGGGACCUUCCUACAGGAUUACCCUGUGCCCUUGGAAGAUGUGGCUGUUUUCUUACGGAGAAGCUGAGUCACAUGACUGGUCCACCGAGUCACCCGACUUAUCCUGUUACUGUUUUGAAUCAAAUCUUUUUUUUUUUUUUAUUACUCGUGCUGUUCUUAACUUGCACUUUUCCACUGAAGACUAUUGACCCUGUCUCAGGGCUUGAGAUGAUAUGUAGAAAGAAUUUUUUUUAUACUUGCACUUUACAGUUCAUAAUGAUUUUUUUUCAUUUGUCACAAUCUUUUUCUUACUUUUGAAAAAUGUUAAUCGGUUUUACCUCUUGGCUGAUUUGUUUCCGGACUUUUUGAUCUGUUCUGCUUUUUUUUGUAUGUAAGUUCCGGAGAAAUCUGUGCGUUUACAUAUCACAUUUCUACAGUCUUUAAAUCACUGCUGGCUCUCCCGAUAAGGAGGAACAAAGAAUCUGAAUCUCUCAAGAAUACCAAAUGAAGAUAGAGAAGGACAGAGGAAAAGGCUUAUUGGGAGGAAACUAGCUCACAGAAAGUUUCGUACAGAGGCCGAAGCACCGUGGUACCAUAUGUCUUGCUAACUCAUCAAAGAGGCUUUUACUUGAACUAUUCAGUCCAAGGGGCUGAUGUUUAAUGAAUGUACCUCAAGUUAUGGUUUUUCAGUGCUUUACAGAGUCAUUAGACGCAACAAUCUUACCCCUUAGUACUUAUUCAGUAUUUCAACCCAAUUUAUCAACAUACCACUUUGUUGGACAUAUAUAAAUGUCCCUUAGUACUGUAGGCCAGAUAAACUUGAGGCCAAGCCACUGUAAUUGUAACUCUGGCUAUAUUUGAAUUUAGUUUAUAUAUUGCCUUCUUACUAACCUACUGUAGUAAGGUAUUUCAAAUGGGCUGCUAUUUUUUUAGUCUGUGUUAUGUUGAUAGGCUCUUCUGAAGAAAUCCUUGUUGACGGCAGUGCAGAGGUCGACAUAUUAACAGAGUUAAACAUGUUAGGAAAUACACUUGUUUGCUUUUGUGCUGAGAGUUAGAUGAGAAGACAGAGUUUUAACAUUCACACUGCAUUUAAAACAUAAUUGACCCUUUGUUUUUUGUACGAUUUUUAGCAAUGUAAGUUUAAAUCAAGUACAUACUCAUCACCCCCAAAAUCUGACUACCUGCACCUUUUACCAUAUAAAUAUGAGAGGGCUCUCAAUCUGAAUUUAAGACUCGACAAGAAAGCAAAUAAGUGCAUUUCCAGAGAUGUCAAACUAUAUCUCUAAUUGGGCAACAUGGGGAAAGCAGCUCUUCUGAUCCCAAUAAAUAGGCUACAAUGCUUUCAUUCAUAACACAUCUUUCUAUGGCAGACACUUGCCAAUACAAAAAGUCACAGACAUGCAGUGGCCACUUCACAUAAAAGCUGAUGAGUGAGUAUCUUACCAUUUGGUCAUUGUAAUCACAUCAACAUCUAUUGUUUGCCUUAAUUUAGUAGUAUUUCUCAUGUGAAAUGUUUUUUUAAGUGGGGUUUAACCAAACUAUAUGCUUUAAGCUAAUACUGUGUAAAUGAGACAACUGAUUUUCUUUUAGGACUAUAUUCAACAAUAGCCCUGGCCUUUUGCACCAUGAUGCAUUGCUCAAUGUGCAGUUAGUUACUUUGCUAUUCUUUAUUGAUUUGUUCUUCACAAGACAAUCUUAACUGGCCAGCAGUGACGAUACAGAGUCCGAAAACGUAUCACUUUUAGUGAAUGCUUUACCACUAAACUGAUUGUGUAAUUUUGAUCCAAAACGUUUACUGUAUCAACUCGAACACUCAGGUCUACUGAAGCUUAUCAAAUCACCAAAUGUCUUAGUGCAACUCAGUAUGUUGUGAACACAUCAACGUCUUAAUCUCUCCCAGAGCUGAAUGUACAAUGGACAAACUGUGAUUUCCCCAACCAAGACCUUUGUGCGAGAGCUUUUCUAGUUCCCGUUCUAAUGCAUUUAUGGAAUGCCGUGGUAUGUUCAUGUUUAAGUUGCAGGAAAAAGCUUUGAUGUGUUUAUUCCUUCUCUCUACAGACUGUGUGUAUCAUUGGGCCUUAAUAUGCUACUCUUAAAUCUCGACGACACCAGUGUCUGGAUUAUUGCAGUAUCAGCAAUGUACAUAUUACGAUGACUGUGCCAUUACAAGUGUUUUUUCUGUUCUGUAAAUCAGAGAAAUUAGAAUGACAAAGUUGCAAUAAAGUUUACAUUUUCUUACUUCA